AUGUCCCGUCGCUGUCGUCUGAAUGUGUUUAACCUGCGCGUGCCCUCCGCGGCGCUCACUUUCGCCUUCGAGCGGCCGCAGGACCGUGUAAAAAACCUCACGCUUCCGCCUAUCGACGACGUUCGAAAACGUAGCCAUGUUACCGACGCACCGCUUUUUUGUGACGGCGAAGCUAUUUGCGGAAAGUUAAUUGUAACAGUGGAGUCGGGCAAACGAUUGGAGCACAGGGGACUGACCUUGGAACUUGUUGGCUACAUCGAGCAGGAACUCGACCGCAGUGCUGCGCGCCACGAAGUGUUGAGCUGUUCUCGAGCUUUGCAAUCGAGUGGACAGGUGCUGGAAGGCGACGAAAGCUUUGCGUUUGACUUUGCCAAUGUGGGUGCACUCUACGACAGUUACUAUGGCCGCCGUGUGACAUUGAGAUACGGUCUUCGAGCUACUUUGGCCAGGGGGAAGUACGCGAGUAGUGUCGUACACGAACAAGGUGUGUGCAUUCAGCAGGUUGUGCCCUCACCUGCGAUGUCUAAUGGACCGCUGAAGAUGGAAGUGGGCAUUGAAGAGUGUCUGCACAUUGAGUUCAAGUAUGGCAAGUCGACGUACCACCUUAAUGACGUGGUGGUCGGCAGGAUUUCGUUUGUAGUGGUGCAGAUCAAGAUCAAGCACAUGGAGCUGGCCAUCUUGCGUCGCGAGAGUGUAACGUCUGGAGCUCCUCGACGCAGUGAGCGUGACACGAUCGCCAAGUUUGAAGUCAUGGACGGUGCUCCCGUUGAAGGCGAGAGUAUUCCUGUUCGCAUGUACCUCGCUCCUUAUGCACUCACACCCACGUAUUACAACGUGCACGGCCAGUUUUCCGUCACGUAUUUCUUGAACCUCGUGUUGGUGGAUGAGGACGACUGCCGCUACUUCAAACAGCAAGAGAUCACACUUUGGCGAAAGACAGUCGGGUGA